CAAAGCAAACACCGUAAUUCAGAGGAGGAAGCAGGUGGCCCGGAGAGAGCAGCCCCGAGUCCCGGGUCACACGGGGGGAGGGGGGGAGAGGGGGAGGGAGAGGCAGCCGCCGAGCCAGAAGAGGAGGCGGCGCUCCGGCCCGCCGCGGACCAGAGGCACCUUCCCGGGUCGCCCCUUCCCCAGGCCAGGCCCGGCCACGCCCCGCCCCGCCCCGCCCCGCCCCUGGCUCCCUACCUGGCUCUCCCCCCUCCCCCCACAAGGGAAGCACCUUUGGUCCUCUGGACCGAGGAAAGCAGAUCGAAGACGGGAAGAGGAGCUCGACAGCAGGACUGCGGGCGCCAUCAGAUUCCUGCCGCGGUGGGAGCCCCAGCAGGUUCCAGGGAGCGAGCCGACCCGGGGCCGCACCUCUUCCGCUGCUCGGCCAACGGGACUGUGCCCCGGUGUCCUCCGCGCCCUCCCCGCAGCAAGCGGCCGGUCUCAGACUACAGCAGACCGGGGUCUCUCCCAGAGGACAGGGCUCCCCGGGAGGCCCCGAAGCCACCUAUUUCCCAAGGCCAGGGAGCGGGCACCUCAGAGAGCCUGGGAUUCUGUCCUCAGGGGACAAAGCAGGAGGCCCCGUGCUGAGUGGGGCCAGGAAGGCGGUGGGAAGCUCCCAGCCCCGGGCCGCAGCGUGGGCUGAAUUCUCGGCACUGUCCAGGCCCCCGGAGCCAAGCCAUGAAGAAGAAGCUGGUGGUGGGGCUGAUCGUCCUGGUCACUGUGGUCGUGGUUGCUCUGAUCCUGGGGCUCAACCUGGGCCUGAGAGGCAAAGGAGCGCUUUCCCAUGUGUACCGGCGGGCGGCUGUGGCCGCAGACGCCGAGCGGUGCUCAGAGAUAGGGAGGGACGCGCUGCAGGACGGCGGCUCGGCGGUGGACGCGGCCAUCGCGGCUCUGCUCUGCAUGGGCCUCAUGAACGCCCACAGCAUGGGCAUCGGCGGGGGCCUCUUCUUCACCAUCUACAAUAGCAGCACUGAGAAAGUCGAAAUCAUCAAUGCCAGAGAGGUGGCCCCCCGCCGGGCCUUUCUCCAUAUGUUCAAUACCUCGGAGCAGUCCCAGAAAGGUGAGUGGGCAGCGGGCGGCCGUUCCGGGUGGGCCUAGGGCUGUGCCGGGGACGGGUCGGAGAAUUCAGAAGUGGGGGCGCCCUUAGGCUUAGGGCACCAAGAUCCCUGAUGUGGAUGCCCGUGCUGCGAUCAUGAGGGGACACACGCGUGCACAGCGCCCCCACGCACAGCAGUGCACCACUCUCGGGCACAAACAGCAGUGCACCACGCGCGGGCACAAACACACGUGCAUGCUCGCACAAACCUAUUUUCCACCAUAUGCAGGUGCACCACAUAUGCACACAGUGCUCACAGUGGGACCGUUCAGCUCUCAGGAUCUUCUUCAUGGCCCCCUUUGGCGUUUUCUCCCCCUUCUCCCCAGGCUGUGUGCCCCUUCCCAGCCUCAGGGAGAUUUUCAUUGUACAAAGAAGGAAACAAUGUCACAUUCAGCUCAGUUCAAAUCAGUGAGCAUGUAUUAAGCGCCUGCUGUGUAUGUUCUGAGCACUGUGCUAGGCACAGAGGACACAUGGACAAGUGAAGCCAGAUCUGUCCACAUGUGUCAGGCAGGGCUUCCCCUCCCUUUCCCCUCCCCCCCACUCCCCCGCUCUCCCCAGCAGCCCUGGAAGGUCACCCUAAGGACCCAACUACAAAGACGCGUCCACGGCUUCUGAGGCUUCAGGAUCUCUGAGACCCUCCGAGUGUCUGAAAGCUGUGAAUAAUUAGGCUUUGGAGGAAUUCAGUGGGGGAAGUGGGGCUUCGGGAACAGAAA